CACAUUCCCUCCACUCUCCAUUAAAUCCCUGCCAUAUAUGUGAAGCUUCAUCAUGCCUCGAAUCUCCUACCACGGACUGAUCACGGGUGCCGAGCAAGACCUCCAGUCGCUCACGCAAGCAGCUCUCGUGGAUGGCUUCUUUAGUCUGGAUCUCGACUGUCCAGAGGGCGUGAGGCUGCGUGAGGACAUUUGCUUUCUUGAAAAAUUCUCUGAGAACGUCUUCGACAUCCCCACUCCCGUCAAGAAGCGCUUUGAUUUCAAGACACUGGGACGGUUUCGAACCACGGGAUAUAAGCCCUUGGGCAUUGAAGAGGGCGCGAAGGCCGGAGAGCCCGACGGAUUCGAGAUGUUUAUGUUGCCCCAAAAUGAGUUUCUCCUGCCCAGUUUCCGUUCCGCACUCCAGUCCCCCGACCUAGUUUUCGCCCACCGGGAGGCUCUCACGCGCUGCAUGGAGCACUACGAGCAAGCAGCGCAGCUCAUUCUGCAGCGCGUCAGCGAAGUCCUGGAUCUUGGCGACGCGCUGCUGGCGGCCCAUCACCCCUCGGAGCCCUCGGUCACGAACCUGGGCUUCCUGAAGUAUCCGCCGCAGCCGCCCGGGUCGCGCAACUUUGGACACAUCGCGCACACGGACGUGGGCAGCCUGACGCUGCUGUCGGCCACCGCGCGGGGGCUGCAGGUCAUCGACGUCGCGCGGCAGGACUGGG